CCCGUCCUUCCUUCGUGGUGCGCUUUUGACCAGCACGCGGUAUGUAGCAAAAAACAUCGACGCUACAGGUGCCCGUACUGAUCGCCCGCCGCAUGAUAAAUGACACCGAGCUCCCAACGGGUUAAGAGGCAGGAAAUAGGCCGUAGUCGCGAAUAAGCAAACAUUUUUCGCGCGCUCGUCGCCUGUUGCGUAUGUUAACGGGGAUGUGACAAUAAAUUUAUGGAAAAUUUAGUAAAAAACGAAAAUGUCUAAAUUGAAAAAUAUAUUGUGAUAUAAAGUGCUAAAGCAAAGUGUAAAUAAUUUACAUUAUGGUGUAGAAAAAUAUUUUUGGAGAUGCUGAAAACAAGAACAUCGUCGUUGGGAGUUUUUAUCUCUUUUCUACUCUACGCUUUCAAACAAGGUUAUGGUCAAGCAACAGAUCUGGAUGUACGGUUAGCAGCGCCCAGCUGGGUGGCCCGCGGUGGGUCGGCCACCCUCCAGUGUCUUCACCAGGUGCCUCCUCACCUGCUCUAUAAAGUGGAGUUCCUCAGGUCACAAUCCAAGCUGCUGCAGUACGUUCGAGAAAGGGUACCGCCCUUUACGAACUACACUUUUGAUGGAGGAAAGCUAAAUAUGUCUCUAGCGACAGAGAACUCAAUAACUAUAGACAAUAUGGACCCGUCCGCUUCAGGCUUGUACUGGUGCGAGGUUUCCCUGGAGACGCCCAUCUUCACAGCUGCAUCCCCCCCACACCAGCUGACAGUUGUAUAUUCUCAAAAACACCCCCCGGUCAUAACCUUCGGGAAGCCAGACGUGGUGGUGGGCGGUCUACUUCGAGCCAACUGUACCAGUGCACCAGCGGCUCCCGCUCCUCGCCUCACCUGGUAUAUAAACAACGAGAAGGUCGGCGACGAUGCUGUCAGAUAUUUUUCUUAUCGAGUAUCAAGCUCAACUCGGACCAAAGGAGGCGGAGGCUACAGGCACAGGAAACAUCAACAUCGAUACAUAGCACCGGAGUUCAACUAUACAGCCAAGUACUGGGCCUUAGUCAGUGAGACUACCACGCCGCCUCCAGUGAACCACAGCAAGCAUAGCAAAUGCACUCUGAAGGAAGCUCAGAGUGAAGAAAUGUCCAAGUUACAAGAAAGGCGAAGAACGCCACCCGUCAACCCUAUAUCUCUUUGGGUAUCAAUAGCUGAGUUGAGGACCCCGGCCCAUGGCAGACUGCAGCUCACCUGCACUGCCACCAUACCAGAUGAAGUGGGACCAGGAGAGAGAUUCGCUGAUAUUAAGAAACAAACCGUUGCAGUUGCGUUAAACGAACUCACUUUGAAGAAACCUUACUCCGAGACGAGUCAGGCCAAUGCGACGUCUACCUGUCUUCAAAAUUACUCCCCCCUGUGGCUCCUUACUUAUGGAUUCAUCCUUCGUGAGUUUUCGCUUCAAUUACAUUGAAUAUAUUAAAAACUUUCAUCGUUCCCUUUGUAAACGGUUUAGCUACCAGAUGUUGACACUUUUACUCAUACAUUAUUUUAGAUGUGAGGUAAAUAUAAAUAUGGUAAAAUUAAAUGAAAAUAUUAUGCUUUGUCGUCUCACUUUCAAGGUAAAACGGUUGUCCUUUUUACGUUUGCAAAAUUUUAUGACUUGUUCUAUAUAUUUAAAAUAUAUUUAAUAGUGUUUUAAGUCUGCAUUCUAUACCUGUAUUUAAUUAAAACUGUGUUCAAGUUGUUGUGAAAAUAGGCCAACUGCUAAAGUAAAGAUUUUUUCAACUCCUUACUGCUAAUUAAAAAUCGAGUACGCUGUUUCACGUUCUUGAGCUUGAAUAGUGUCAAUUAUAUUAUAUUCAUAGUCCAAUCAUUAUACUUAACAAGAAAAUCCAAAUA